GUUCAACCUUGCGUGUUGACUAUGCCACCUCAGAGUCCAGAAAUGUCUCAUCUACCACGUAGAGAUUACUCAGGGAACAACCCGUCUUCCUCGCCAAACCUUUCAUACUCAGGGUCUCCUCAUAUACAGAGAGAUUCGCCGCAUGUCCGAAGUAUCAGAAAUUCGCCCCAACCCAAUUCUCCUCUUGCAUGGAACUCCUCCCAGCCUGGUUCCCCGUUCUCACGGAACCCUUCUGCACCUAGUUCCCCCCUCGCAUGGAACCCUGCUCCUCCGGCUUCUCUGUUGGCACGGAACCAAGCUCCGGGUUCUCCAAUGACUAGGAACUCUCCGGUCCCACAAACUUUGAGUUUGGGACACAACAGUCCCCAGGUUCAGCUCCGACGAGCUCCGGAUUCUCCUCAGCUGAAGAACGGAUCUGCUCAGAGUUCUCCGUCCUUGAAAAGUGCAAACGGACAGAACGGAGCAACAAGCGGGAACAAGAUUAAAUGUGUAUUUAUCGGGGACGGUGCUGUAGGGAAAACAUCCCUUAUUAUUUCUUACACAACUAAUGGGUACCCGAACGAAUAUGUUCCAACUGCGAUAGAUACCUAUCAUGCUGUUGUUCAUGUAGAUGGACAACCUCUUACACUAGAGCUCUGUGAUACACCAGGCCAGGAUGAUUUUGACACGCUAAGACCUUUGGUUUAUCCUAACACAGAUGUAUUUCUUCUUUGCUUCAGUGUAGCCCUACCCUCUUCAUUUCAUAAUGUCAGAGAGAAGUGGAUCCCUGAGGUGCGUGCCAGCUGUGGUAAGGUUCCUGUUGUCCUGGUUGGAACUCAAUCUGAUCUCCGGGAGGACGCUAAAACCUUGGUUCAGCUCCGACAAACAAAAGAGCACCCGGUCCAGGAACACGAGGCUAGGAAACUAGCACAAUCUCUAGGUUGUGAGAUGUAUGUCGAGUGCAGUUCCUUGACUCAGCGUAAUCUUAAGGAUGUAUUUGACAGUGCUAUAGUUGCUGGUAUAUCAAGUAGAAAGAGUAGAGAGAAGAAGAAAAAUAAGAAGAAGAAGCAUUGUGUCAUCCUUUAAACACAGUUAAUGCCAGUUUCAAAUUUAAGUACUGUUUGUUGGUCUCAAGCUUCAUUCUCCGAUUUGAAGUGACGAUUUUCGGUUUUAACACCGGGGUUUCUGACUAAUACUUAACUAAAGUAGAUAAUUCAUUAGACAUCUUGGAUUAUAAACUUGUCCUUCUAAUCAAACUUAACAAAGAAUCCAAAAAUACCGUUUACUCAGAUGCUAUUAAUUAGUUGAGUCUGUUUCAUGGAAAACUUACAGAUUUUAAUUUGAAAAACGUAAUAUUGACUGAACUUCAAUUGCCAGAAUCAAUAAGAUUAAAGAUAGGCUUUCAAUUGAUCAGUAUAAAAUGAUCGUUUCUAAUGAAACGAUCGCGUAGAUAUCCUCACUCCCCAGAGCUGCUAUUCAUCUUUUAUUUCAAUAAACUGUAAUCCAGAUGCAAACUAAGGGAUAUACUAGGAACUUCCAUAGUUUUGUUUACUAAUUCAGUGUACUGCAGUUUCUGGGAGAAAUGCAAACAACCCCUCAGAUUGGGCUUUCCAGGGGUUUAGAUUUUUCAGAAUUAAGGGGGGGGUGAAAAAUUAAAAAUCAAAAAGCAAGUUUUUUAUUCUUUUUGACACUUUUUACCCACAAAUUUAUUUAUUUACCCCUUAAAAUCAGUUAUUUACACCUGAAAAUCAGUUAUUUACCCCUGAAAAUCAGUUAUUUCCCCUGUAAAUCAGUUAUUUCCCCUGAAAAUCAGUUAUUUCCCCUGAAAAUCAGUUAUUUCCCUUGAAAAUCAGUUAUUUCCCUUGAAAAUCAGUUAUUUCCCUUGAAAAUCAGUUAUUUCCCUUGAAAAUCAGUUAUUUCCCCCUGAAAAUCAGUUAUUUACCACAAUUCAGCGGGAAAACACCUUUAGCAUUUUUAGACGCCCUGCGCAAACAUGUUUAACUUAUGGGGAGAUGAUUUUUCGAGAAAAUAUACACCCCUGAGGCUUUGUUUAUACUCCUCCAAUAAUUACAGUACACUAUUGUUAAAACACAAAGAUAUGAGAGUUCCAUGCAUAUUGUUCUUAGAUACAUAUUUGUUCUAGAUGUUCACUGUUCAGAAUUAAUAAUAUAUAAUCCAUAAAUCAAUUUACAUAUUUACAAUAUUUACCUAAACUAAUUAAUUGUACAAUAGAAUAUUUUUAAACCUAACAUUCCAACCUUGUUUAUCCAUCCUUGAUCAUGUAUUAAAGUGCACAGUAGAGGGGUAUAUAUUUUCUAGAAUAAUCCACCCUCACCAGGGGGAUUAAUGUUUUUUUGAUGCUGGGGGGGGGGUUAAUGUAAAAUGAUAAUCCAUCUUGCAAAUUCAAGUCUUUUAACCUUUUUAAACAAGCCCCCCCCCCCCCCGAAAAAAAAUCAUCCAUUACCUUUAAAUGUCAGGAAUAAAAGCUGUACUUUUUUGCCCAAAAUUGUAACACUUUUUUGUCAAGGAAUGGGGAUGUAUUUAAAGAAAAUGUAUACCCCCUCAUGUACAUUGCCCAACCCCCAGGCACAAUAAUUCUGUUGGAUUUAUCAAAUAUAUCAAGUUAAAAAGCUGAA